AUGCCUGACGGUGAAUCCAUGAACCAGAAAGACUCAAAAAGAGGCUGCGGCUGCAGAAGAGGAUUAGGGCGAGGAACAUUUGUAGUGAAUGUGACACAGACCUCCUAUCAGGCAGAGGAGAACCAGAACAUCACGCUGGAGUGGACCUUCACCACCAAACCUGAUGCUUCACUCAACGUAUCCAUCUUCUGUCGGCUGUUCAAUGAACUCAGACCUGACUCAGUCCUGUUUCAUCUCCAUGAAGGUGUUGAGGUCUCAGAGUCUCAGGAUCAACAGUUUUCAGAUAGAGUCCAUUUUGACGAAGACGUCCUCAGAGAAGGACGACUCAGACUUCAUAUGUCCAGACUCAGGAUCAGUGACUCUGGACUUUAUAUGUGUGAAGUGUCCACAGGUUAUGGUCGGAGUUCUCGCACAUGUCGGCUCAAGGUCACUGCAGUGAGGGAUCGGCCCGAAAUUGAGACACCAAACACAGCAAGAGAAAUGGUAGUGAAUGUGAAUCAGACCUACUAUCAGGCAGAGGAGAACCAGAACAUCACAAUGGAGUGGACCUUCAUCCCCAGACCAGACAUUCCCCUCAAACACUUUAAUAUCAUCUGCAAACUGUUGACUGACUUCAAACCUAUAUGCCUGUUUCAUCUGUAUGAAGGUGCUGAGGUCCCAGAGUCUCACUAUAUACACUUUAAUGGACGAGUCCAGUUUGACGAAGACGUCCUCAGAGAAGGACGACUCAGAAUCCAUGUGUCCAACCUCAGGAUCAGUGACUCUGGACCUUAUGUGUGUGACGUGCUCAGAGGUGAUGAAGGUGGCUUUCGCACAUGUCUGCUCAACGUCACUGCAACGCGUGAUGAUCCAGAACCAGAGACACCAAACUCAGCAAGACCACAAGCAGCUAUUCCAGCAAUGAUUGCCUACUUCUGUGGACUGGGACUAUUUAUGUUACUUGUUGCGUAAAAAACAAGAUUUCUGCUUCAGUUAAAAGUUACAGGCCACCAGGCAGAUUAG